UCGUCCACCGCGAACGGCACCGCCUCGGCCACAUCUUCUACCGUCCAACCGACCAACACUGUGCCUUGCAAUGGCUUCCCUGAAUUCUGCAAUCGAAAAUACAGCAACAUUUCCAACGUGUGCACGCACAACUCGGCAUACGUCGUCAAGAACAAUGCCGCCAGCAACCAGCAACUUCCUGUCAUAGAUCAGCUGUAUGACGGCGUCCGAAUGAUCCAAGGAGGAACGCACUACGUCAACGACACCAUCUACAACUGCCACACCAGCUGCGACCUCCUCAACGCCGGGACCUUCCAAUCCACCCUCGAAACCCUCGCGAACUGGCUCUCCCAGAACCGCAACGAAGUCCUGACCCUCCUCAUCGCCAACAGCGACUUCGUGCCCGUGGAGAAAUACAUCCCGGCGCUCGAAGCCUCCGGCCUGAUGCCGUACGUCUACACGCCCGAGUUCGUGCCGCAGUUCCGCGAGCAGUGGCCCACGCUCGGCAGCAUGAUCGUGCGUAACACGCGCCUGGUCAUCUUCAUGGACUACAUGGCCGACCAGAAGAAGUACCCCUUCAUCCUCGACCAAUACAGCCACAUCUGGGAGACGCCCUUCUCCCCGCAGGACCCGGCCUUCCCCUGCACGCCCGACCGCCCGCCGAACCUCAACACCACCUUCGCGCGCGAGAACCUGAUGUACCUCGCGAACCACAACCUCAACACGGCCAUCGACGUCGCCGCCAUCCUGGGCGGCGGCAACCAGGAGCCCAUCCUGAUCCCCAACACGGCCCAGAUCGCCAACACCAACUCCAACGGCACGGGCUUCGGCCAGAGCGGCCGCAUGAUCCAGAACUGCACCAACAUCUGGGGCCGGCCCCCGACCUUCUUCGUCGUCGACUAUUACAACAUCGGAUCGCCGGAGCCCGGCAGCGUCCUGCGGGCCGUGGCGAAAGCCAACGGGGUGGAGUACCAGAGGGGGUGCUGCGGC